UGCUGUGUAUCGUAAGCUAGAUACGCACGGGAAUUUUACAUAAUAUUCUAACUGAAAAAAAUCAUCUCUAUUCGUUCCGUUAACAAAGUGGCAAUAAAAAAAAUCCGUGAAGAAAGUGCGACAGUGUCUCGAUUUUUAGACAAAUGUUGAACUUGUAAAAAAAUGAAAUAAAAGCUCUUGUAACUUACAAAAGGACAACCACUAACAGACAAACAGACAGAGGCGGAUGAGCAAAACUUUCACGGCAGUUUUACCUUUGUUUUAAGUGGAAACAAAAUAUAGUGCGAUACAAAUGGCCGAACAAAACGAUAAGAAAACUUUAAAAAUGCAAGAUAUGUACAUAUCCCCUGGGAUUUCAAGAGAAAGGAGUUUUAUUAGAACUUCUAAUCAGCAGGUAAUGGAUAUGAAUGCCAACAAAAGACGCAGUCUAGCUUUCAGCCAGAGCCAAGCAAUGCAGCAUGCCCAACAGCAGCAACAGUUGCGUGGUAAGCCACCGAUGGAAAUCUAUCGUCCUCCAAAUGUUCGAUUGGAUGGACUUCCGAACCAGAACAACAAACUGAAUGUACAUGCACAGGAGUUCCAGAUGAAUAAUCUAAAUGAUAACCGUAUACCACUGCAGAAUUCCAGAUCAAUAAAUAUCUACAGCAAUUCUCUACAACAAUCAAAAGCAAACCUUGGAAUGCAACUAAACUUACACCAUCGGCCCCAUCAGAUGCAGCUGGGUAACAUCGGCAGUCCACACCGUGGACCAAUCAUGAUGUCGUCCCAUCCAAUGCAACACGUCGGAGUACAGCUUCAAUCCUCCCAUAUGCCACUUGUCAAUUCACCAUCCAGUGGUAAUAUAUUGCACCCUGGACCAAGAGUAAAGUUUGCCCCGGAGCCAAUCAUUCAUACAAAUCACGCAAACAACAGCUUCCAAUCCCAAAAUGUCAUCAUCGGCAACAACAGCAGCUCACAAUCAGCCAUGCUUCCGGGCAGCCCAAACAACAGCAACAUUAACAAUUCGAUGAACGUUACACCCUUACAGCGUUCCAAGUCGCUUUCGUCGGCCGAUACCCUAACACGAGGACUAGCUGGCCUAGGACUCGCUGUAGGUCCCGAAGCGAACGACAUAGGGCAGUUUCCACCGGAAGUACAGGCCAUCGUUCAAAAAGCAGCCGAAGAUCCCAAUCAGCUAAACGCCCGCUGUCUGAUGGAACUGGCAACACAUCUAAUGCAUCGGGCUGUAGACGGACGAAGAUUUGCUUUACCAAUCUCUCGAUUAUGCAUCACAAUAAUUUCUAAAGAAACAAAGGAGACAUUUUUGGAAGCCCUUUUGAACACAUGUCGCCAAUGGUAUCAAGAGCGUGACAAGGUUUUGGGCCCAAUAUUAAAUAUCAAAAACCCGGCACGGCCACGCUUUACGGCCUUUAUGGCUUUCCUGACGGAAAUGUUUUGUCAGCUGAAACGUCGUCAAUUGCAGCUUCGCACGGAAUGCGAUGGUGUUCCUCCACCGUUGGUGCUGCUAACCGUGUUGGGCAAGUGCUGUGAGGAUUGUGUCAAACCGCCAGUUCGAUCACUCUCAGAGAUCGAAUGCCUUUUCUUUGUUCUAACAUGCAUUGGACGAGAUCUGGAAAUGCAUUUACCCCAACAACUGGAAACGCUGCUGGCCGCAGUCCGCGAUGCUUUUCUUAAUUCUUCUGCCUCAGCUCCGGCGAUACGCCGUACGCUGCUGCAGUUAAUUGAAUUACAAGCAUCUCGAUGGCAACUACCAGGCAACACAGUAUUGUAUUAUUAUCCAUCGUCAAAGUAACCAUCCGGAUAACCAACGAGGCUUGAGUAACUAACAGCAAAAACCGUUACUCAGCUUUUGCUUACACUUGGGUAGUAUUCAAAAUACCGGAUGAUUUGAUGGUCUGCCAGUCUGGUUGGAUAAAGCACGCGAAAUUUCCUGUUUCCUUGAGAUUAUUAUACUAUCGUUAUUAUGCUAGCCACACAAAGAUGUUGGAGAACGGAGAACUAUAAUCGAACAAAUAACGAACGAAACACUCUGGAAGCGAAGUAUAUCUUGUUACAUAAACGACACGAUCAGACUACAUUCCAUCAAAACAAAAAAAGCAAACUAAUCUACUUAAAAUAGUAGCCAACAAUGCUGAUACGUCGUUCCUAAACGGCAUUAUAUUCUGAUUUUUACUAUUAGGUAUUGCUAAUAAUCUGCUUUUUUGAAUCUCUCAAAAUAGAUAUAAAAAUGAAACGAAAUUUCUCAAGAAUCUAAUACGAAACGAUUUGAAUCACUUACAAUCUUUACUAAACUUAGUUUUUGAUGGAAGUAAUCUAAAACACAAAGAAUCGAAAAAAAAUCAACUAGUCAUUUAAAAUAAUUCUACACCGUACAGUGUAAAGUGCGUUAUCACAUACAUACGUUUAACUUGAUAACUGAAAUCAACACCGACUGACUAACAUCCUCGUUUUGCAUCGCUUUCGUAGACUUUAUUACGCACAAAACACACGCACUCAAUCAAAACACGAUCGAAAAAAAGCGUGCCAUAAUCAUGCACUAGCGGCAUUCAAAGGUACAACCUAUCAAUCGGUCCGAAUAAAGAGCCUAGACUAUACAAUAUUAACUUAUUUAAUUUAUUUCAUAUGCAUGGUUAGGCUAAUCAACAGCGGUAAAAGCGGAACAUACUCAAGCCAGCAGGUAGAUUAUGAUGGUAACGAUAAUCGUGAUUAUGAUGAUCAUAAUAACAAGUACCAUGUGCUUUCAAUGGCGCAGGCAACUUGACAAUGCAUGUAAAGGUUUUUAUUUUAUGAUGAGACGUGUUACAUAAUUGCAUGGGAAGUAUGCACAGCGCAGCGUUAAGAUAGUAAAACUUAUACGCUUCAAAGAGGCAAUUCAAUUGUUAUUUACAAGCUACACACUAUGCUUUUGUUUCCGCUCUAAAGCUAUUACCUGAACAUCAUAUUGCCUAGCUAGUGCGAUUACAUAUG